CACACCGGACACUAACAGGAGGAGGAUUUAUAACUUUUUUUAACGCAUUUUGUGGAAAGACACGGAAGCGGGUUGGUUGAACGGGGAGCGGAGGAAUCCUCUUCGUUGAGCCGCGAGGAGUGCGCGCUGCGCUGGGUAGCAGACUGACCCACAGGACGGCACCUCGGAGACAAGGUUAUGACGGAACUGAGCUGAACAUGGAGCUUUUCUGGAUUUUCUUAUUUUCUAGUGUCUACCCUCUUGCCUGGGGCCAAGGAGUUUACGCUCCAGCCAACGCCCAGAUCGUGCACUCAGGCGCGGCGUGUAACGUCAAGGAUGAUAACAUCAGCGAGAGAAUCUACACCAUCAAAGAAGGAGACACACUUGUGUUGCAGUGUAUUGUUAAAGGACACCCACGACCACAGGUACGGUGGACGAAGACGGCGGGCAGUGCAUCAGACAAGUUCCAGGAAACAUCCAUCUACAACGAGACGCUGCGCAUCGAGGGCAUCCAGAGGGUGCAGGGGGGUCGCUACUACUGCAAGGCCGACAACGGGGUGGGGGUGGCUGCCAUCAAGUCCAUCCGCGUAGAUGUGCAGUACCUUGACACACCUGUUCUGACGGUGCACCAGACCAUCAGCGAUGUGCGUGGCAGUUACUACCAGGAGAAGACAGUGUUUCUGCGCUGCACCGUCAACUCCAACCCUCCUGCACGAUUCAUCUGGAAACGUGGGAGCAUGCUCAUCGAACAGAGCAAGGACAAUGGAGUGGACAUCUAUGAACCGCUUUACACUCAGGGUGAGACCAAGGUGCUGAAGCUGAAAAAUCUCCGACCCAAGGACUUUGCUGACUACACGUGCCAGGUGUCUGUCCGCAAUGUGUGUAACAUCGAAGACAAAUCUGUGACCUUCAGGCUGACCAAUGCCACAUCUCCCCCAAUGAUCCGGCUGUCAGUAAACGACACGGUGGUGGUUGAUCCUGGCCAGGAUGUGUUCUUAAACUGUGAGGUGACGGCAGGUUUCCCACCUCCCACUGUGACGUGGUCGCGUUACCCAGGCCCUCUUCCCCUCAGUGCCCAAGUUCGAGGGGCAACACUGAUUUUGCGGGCCGCCAUGCCGGCUGACGCAGGCUUCUACAACUGCACGGCUGUCAACAAUGUGGGCAACCCGGCUCGCAAGAACGUCAAUCUUGUUGUCAGGACGAUGAGCAACCUGACCUUCCAGAUUACUCCAGACUCCAACAAGGACAGCGAGACCAUCCAGAUGGGUCGGGACCUCAAGCUGUCGUGCCAUGUUGAUGCUACCCCACAGGACAAGGUCAACUACACCUGGUACAAGAACGGUGCGCCCGUCUUCAACUCAGAUAGCCUAAUCUUGCUGCGCAGCGACCCAGACAUGGCACCCGGCACCAGUAGCUUAGAGAUUGUGGACAUGAAGUUCAGAGACUUGGCUACCUACAGUUGUGUGGCAAACUUCCCAGGCAGCAGAGUGCCGGAGCUCCGUGUGGAUGUCAACAUCUCCCAGAACAGUGUCUCUCCUCCAGUGCUGGCAGUUCCACCAGGAGGUCAGGUGGUCAGUGUGCGAGAAGGUGGUAACAUUGACCUGGUGUGUUUGGUGGUAGACGGUAAACCACGUCCACCUAUACUCUGGUCACGGACAGAGAAGGAUCUGCUAAUGCCAUCAGGGAGGACCAUGAUGGAGACACCUGAUGGCCGCUUGAGGUUAAAGAACGUCAGCAGGGACAUGAUGGGAGCGUACCGGUGCCAGACUGCUCCAUACAACGGUCUCAACAUCAAACGCAGAGAGGCACAGGUCCAACUCAAUGUGCUGUUUCCUCCCAUUCUAGACCCAGUCUUCCAGGACGUGCGUUCUAGGAACUACCAGAUGGUGACCCUGAGGUGUACGGUCAUGCGGUCAAACCCACCACGCCUAACAGACAUCCGCUGGUUCCGUAACGGUGACUUCAUCCGCAUGCCCAUGCCAGACCUGAAGGAGACACCGGAGCUGAAGUUUAAACUGGAACCCACCAACAACGGCUCUUAUGAGUGCCGAGUCAGCAACAGUGCAGGGACAUCAUCUUGCACAUUUAAUGUAUCUGCACAACCCUACAGCGCAGAGUUCUACUUUGACACACCAAAUCCAGUGCGGAUUCUAAAAGGAAACAACUACUCCUACAACCUGCAGUGGACACAGAAAGAUCCAGAGGCCACGGACAGAAUCAUAGGCUACUGGAUUAUUGUCAGAAAGAACAAGCAGAACCUGCUGCCGCAGCAAAUAGACCUUAAGGGCAAGGAGCCAGAGAAGGGUGUGCUGAUGACCCAUACCAUAUCAGACCUAAGAAUCCCUCUGUCCUAUGAGGUCCGACUGGCUCCAGUCACCACCUACAGCACCGGGGACUACGUCAGUCGCAUCAUACAGUACUCAGAGCCCUACACCUACCCAAGACCCUCAGACCAUGUGUGUGGUUUUGAGGAUGAUAGGAUCUGCGGUUUCUCUCAAGAUCGAAGUGAUGUUUUUGACUGGACGAGACAAAAUCACCUGACACAGAAUCCUAAACGAUCUGCCAAUACUGGCCCCGAGACUGACAGAAGUGGAACCAAGGAGGGGUACUACAUGUACAUAGAAGCAUCACGGCCACGUGUUCAGGGGGACAAGGCUCGUCUACUUUCUCCACUUUUUAAUGUGACCUCCGUCAGAGGCCCCAAGGGCUCCGGAAGAGUCCCAUACUGUGUCUCUUUCUACUAUCACAUGAAGGGCAAACAUAUCGGCACUCUAAACGUACUUCUGAGAGUGAGAAGCAUUGCCUCUGUGGACUCGGUGGUGUGGACAAAAUCUGGUCAUCAGGGGCCAGACUGGAGGAAAGCAUUCUUCGAUAUCAGUCCCAGUGGACCUUUUCAGAUUGUGUUUGAAGGAAUCCGAGGCCCAAGUUUCGAGGGGGAUAUUGCCAUCGAUGACGUGUCCAUCACCAUAGGGAAGUGCAAGCAGGAGAACACUGUAGCCAGCGCAGGUAAGACAGUUCUGAUCGGUGGAUCACACUCACUCCCAUUGGCCAGCUGGCUUACCUUUGGCCUCUCCUGCUUCCUGUCGCUACUCUACAGAUGAUGAGCACUUCCUGCAGCACCACCUGUCUGUAUUGACAGACACUGCCCUGACUCGCGCUCUUCUUCUUCUCUCUCUACCCUUCUCCCUGUCCUCUCCUCUACUUCUCUGAAUCCCUAACUGUCUGUCCCUCUCCCCUCAUUGUCUUUCUAUCCUUCAUGCAUCCAUCUCGUCCUUCUUGCUUAGAUUAAUGGUAACACAAAGUCUUUGUCUAGUUUCUCCUUCUCUGUUUUCUUUGAACAUUUCCCCCCUAGAUACUCAGUAUAACCAAGUGACGCGCAUACUGUAUUUAACGUGAACAUACUUAAUGAUCUUUGUCACUUUGUCACCGUUUCCUCUCCUUCAUCAACUUCCUUCAUCCAUACAUGCACCCUCUCAUGUAUCUCCACUCCCUUGGACCGCAAUCCUCAACGGCCCCUCCACCCUAUUCCCCAGACACACCAAAGUGUCGGACACUCUACCAAAGAUGACAAAGGACCUGAGGGAAUAAAACGAGGGAACAGGAAUUCCAGGAAGAAAGUGAAAGAGUGAGAGAGAGAAAGUGGGUAAAAUCCUUCUUUCUCCCAAGGACCAUCUCCCCUCUGUCCCAACCUUCAGGACCAUGGGAGCUACUGAAUGACAAAGAGAUGGACCAAGAGAAGAACACUGAUAAAUGAAUGAAUGAUAACCGGAUAAAUUCUGAGGAGAUAACGAACCAGAAACAGAGGGAAAAAGAAGUUUGCUCCUGGUAGCCUCUCUGCUUGCCCUCUGCUUGCCACAAGAGACGAACCUCAGUGCGGAUUAUACGUGUACAUUUAUCUCUCUAUAUAUUAAAUAUAACAAAGUUUAAACUAAAACACAACUAGGACAGUGGAGGACUUUACAAAGUGAAAUUAAAGAAGCACAACAUUUAUACAACCUCUGCUGAUCCUUUGGGUUUUAUUCUACCUAUUAUGUGAUGUUGCAAUUUGUCAGACCUAUACCUUUUUGAUAUUUUGCUUUUUUUUUGUUUUGUUUUGUUAAAGGCGUUAUAAGGGGUCAAGGGCAAUGGGUAAUUAAGUAUUAUAUUAAUAUUUAUGAGAAGAAGAGAAGAUGAUUUGUGGUCCAGAAUUGAGCACGGGGAGGGAAAUGUGAGGAUGACCCAAGUUACCUGGAUAGAAACCUCAACUUUUCUUCACACAUAGUGAACACACACAGACACAUACAAAUACAUCGUUUUCCUUGCUGACAUCGCAGCCAGGCAGUCAGCUCACCCUCUGCCUCAAAUACAUGUCUCAUCUCUGAAUGACCCAAAAGGAAAACCAUGGAUGCUAGAUGCAGUUUUCGUAUUUCUGCUCCCUUACCAUGAACUUCCCAUCACUGGACACCAUGACUGAGAUGAUCCGUAUUGAUCAACAACGACGGAA